CGGGCUUUGUGUUGUUGACAACCAUCUGGAGGCACACACACAUCCCUGUUAACAAACGCUAAGCACCGCGAACACACGAAUGUCCUGCACGAUUCAAGACGCGUCCUGGAUAUCAUGGAAACAAGGCGUUAUAUCUUGCAGGAUUCAAUCAGAACUUAAACUACAGAUGACUGGUUGUUGUUCUUAAUAACAUCUGGAUAUGAUUGGUAAAUAAAUCCAUCCAGUGAGCGGAGCUCGAGGCCUUUGAUUCCAGCAGCAGCUUGCACAUCCUCAUCCGCGGUGGUCUCGCGCUUUAAACCGCCGCUGGGCUCUGGAGGCUGGAGCAGCAGAUCGACAACAGAAAAAGCCGCAGCGAGACUGGGCUUUCGCUCAACGCCUCUUUUAUUUCUCUACCGAAUACAGGAUGUAAGCAACGAAGAACUCAAUGCUUUAAAAACAUGGAGACCAAGACUCGGACACUGGUCUCCAUACUGUGAGCAAGUCCAACUUCCCACCUCCUGCAGUUUCUCUAUCAUUUUCUCUCGUGCCCUUUGUGGGUGGAGGAGAAAAUGACUUUUCACAUCCAGACUCUCCUGCUGCCUGUUUUGGUGGUUCUCGUUCCUGCUGUCUGGGCAGGAGACUGUAAGGGCCAAAGACAGGUUUUGCGGGCAGUCCCGGGAUACGUCACAGAUGGGCCAGGAAACUACUCUGUGAAUGGGAACUGCGAGUGGCUUAUCAUGGCUCCUAGCAGGAACCAUCGCAUCGUGCUUAACUUCAUGUUUAUCGACACAGAGUGCACCUAUGACUAUUUGUUCGUCUACGAUGGAGAUUCCUACCAGAGCCCUCUACUGGCAAGUUUAAGUGGGAAAACGCUACCACAGCCAAUCGAGGCCAAGUCUGGGAAGAUGCUGCUCCACCUCUUCAGUGAUGCCAACUACAACCUGCUGGGUUUCAAUGCCACCUAUACAUUCUCAGUUUGCCCUGGGGACUGUAGUGGUCAUGGACGGUGUGACGUGGCUACUGCCCGCUGUCAGUGCCAGCAGGGGUGGGGAGGAUUGGACUGCAAUACCCCUCUCUGCUCUCAGGCCUGCACACAACGUGGUCAUGGUAUCUGUGAUAAGAGAGGUCUGAAGUGUAUCUGCAGCUCUGGUUUUGUGGGACAGGACUGUCAGCUGGGUCUUCGUGACAACAGUGGCGCGGGACAAUGGUGGGAGGUGAGCUCAGGUGAUGUUAAAGCAGCGCCUCGCACCUCUUCUGCUGGGGUUUACCUCGCUUCCACUGGAGCCAUGUACAUGUUCGGAGGGUUUGAUCUGAAUAGAGCACUGGAGGACCUUGUUGUUUACAAUUUUUCAACCAACAGUUGGGAACAGAUGACAUUCUCGCAUAGUCCAGCUCCUCGACAUUCCCACACAGCAGUGGAAUGGCAAGGCAGCAUGGUUAUAUAUGGCGGUGAGCUUGCUAAUCAUUCUUUGGCUAGUGAUGUCUGGAUAUACCGUCCACAACAGAAUGAAUGGCAGCAGUUGGGCCUAUCAGAUGCUCCAGGGGCACCCAGACUAGCCAACCAUGCAGCAGCGAUAGUAGACCACUAUCUCUAUGUUUUUGGGGGGAGAACAGAGGAGGACAUGUUUUCCUCAUCACUGUACCGUUUCCGGUUGAGGAAUGGAGUGUGGGAGGCAGUUCAGCCUACAGGCGGAAAACCACCUGCUACUGCAGGACACAGCAUGAUCUACCAUUCCCCUUCCAAAACUCUGCUGGUGUAUGGAGGACACAGACCUACCACUGCUAGGUUCAGUGUGCGUGUGAACUCGACUGAUGCUUUCCAUGUUGAGAAGCGGUUUUGGACUUCCUUUCGCUCACGUUUUCCUGCCAAUGGCCCUAGGGAGAGAGCAUUCCACUCUGCCACAGUCAUCGGCAACUACAUGGUGGUGUACGGAGGGAAUGUGCAUAUCCACUACACUGAAGAGAAGUGCUACGACGAGGAGAUCUUUUUCUAUCAUCUUGGUUGCCAUCAGUGGGUGUCUGUUGGAGAUAGCCUCGGUCAGCGAGGUGUUUCAGUGAGGGGCCGAUACUCCCAUGUUGCUGCAGUCAUGGAGGGCCGUGUGUUGUUAGUUGCUGGCGGCUACAGUGGAAUUGCUCGUGGCGACCUUGUGGCAUAUAAAGUACCAUUGUUUGUAAGCAGUGACCCAGGAGACAGGGACAGUGUGUGUGCUGAAGCUCCAAGUGAAAGCUUGUGCCUGAAGAAUCCGGAGUGUAGUUGGUGCGAAGGUCGCUGUCGGGAAUACCAGCCCACUGACCCGUGUGGCAGCACCGGAUGUCUGGGUCUGGCUCGUUUCCUGUCAGACUGCCAGUCGUGUCUGGUGUUCAGUGGAGUGCCAAACUCUCUGCCACGGGUUUCUGGGGAAUUCGGCUGGUGUGUGCAGAAUGAGUCCUGCUUGCCAGUUUCAGAGCACAGUGCAUGCCGCGUGGACCAGAUCUCUGGGGCGUACGGCUGGUGGGGGGAGCGCACGCGUUUCCUCACCUCCCUCCCCUUCUGUCGCACCGAGAACUAUGUCCCGGGACUGCACCUGCUCACCUUCCAGCAUCCACGCAAUCAAUCACAGCCUGACAAGGUGUCUAUCCUGCGCAGUACCUCCAUCAUUCUCAAUCCCUCUACAGAGAUGGAUGUGACGCUGCAGUUUCGGGGCUUCAUUCACCCAUUAUGGAGCUCCCCUCCUCAUCAGGAAACUGUGGCCAUGUGGGCUCGAAUCCAGAAGCUCCACUUUACUGCUCAGAUGGCAGCCGGACCAAACUCUCUUCAACUGACGGAUGUGCUGGGCCGGUGGUCUGCUCAGGAGGAGAAGGAUAUCCAUAAGCUUUCCCGGUCGGAUGGUUCCCGUCUCUUCCAGAAUCUUACACGAGGAAACUGGUACCUGAUCCAGGCAGAGGGUUACCUCAAUAACUCUGCAUCUGGACAGACUAGUGAGAUGGCUCUAACCUGGAACAGAACAGGUUUACCUGGAGGCAGCGAGAUCUCUUUCCUGUUCCUCGAACCCUUCCGUUCCAACUCCUGCUCCGAAUACCGCUCGUGUCUGGCCUGUCUGUCAGAUCAGUCGUGCGGCUGGUGUCCCACCGUGAACCUGUGUUUUCUACGCUCAGACAUCAAUCAGCAGCCCUGUAUUGACCCUCAGGGGGAAGAGCGCCACCUACUGCUCAACCCUCUGCAUUGCACACUGUGUGAGGAAUAUAGAGACUGUGCCGCUUGCACUCAGGACCCCUACUGUGAGUGGCAGAUCAACUCCAGCAAGAAGGGAGAUUAUCUGUGCAGCCGCCGUGGGAGAUUAGAGGGGUCUAUCCGGGAACCAGGAGGGUGUCCCAAUGUUUGCAACCAGAGGCUGACGUGUGGAGAAUGUUUGUCUAACUCCAGUCAGUGUGCAUGGUGUGAAUCUGCUCAGUCCUGUUUCUACUUUGCUGCAUACCUCACAAAGUUCCCUUAUGGAGAGUGCAGGGACUGGUAUGACAGUGUUCAUUCUGUUCCUCAGUGUAAGCAAUGCACUGCUCUCACAACCUGUUCAGAGUGUUUGCAGACGUUUCAGUGUGGCUGGUGCGGAGACUACAGCAACCCCACUAUUGGCAGGUGUUUGAGAGGUGACUGGGGUGGGAUGAAUGACCACUCUGCUGUAAACUGUAGUACAGCUGUAGCUGAAGUGAAAGCCACCAGCCCUGAGCCUCAAACAUUAUCACCCCCUCGGCUGAUGGAGCUGGAGAUGGAUUUGGAGAUGGAGCAGCUGGAAGGGAUGGAAGGAGAUGGAGAUGCUGUUUGGUCCUACCCGUCCUGUCCAGAUGUGGAAGAGUGUCGCUUGGGUUUGCACACCUGCCAUCCGUCUGCGACCUGCGUCAACACCCCAACCUCCUAUGAGUGUCACUGUGAGAGGGGCUUCACAGGAGACGGAGUGCACCACUGCAACCAGACAUGUUAUAAUGAGUGCCGUCAGGGCCGGUGCAGUGGGAGUCCUCUGUUUGAGUGCGAGUGUUCUUUGGGUUGGACUUCAGACCCAGCCACUCUGGUUCUGAGUGGAGUGGAGUGUGACGUGGAUUGCGGCUGUAACUUUCACAGCACAUGUAUUACAGCACCAGGGAUCUGUGACCAGUGCCAAGACUGGACAACAGGGCCUCACUGUGAGCACUGCAAGCCUGGUAGUUUUGGCUCUGCUUUGGCUCGGGGUGAUGGCUGUGUUCCCUGUCAGUGCAAUGGCCACGGUGACCCUCUACAAGGAUUCUGCCAUAACCAGACUGGCCAGUGCUACUGUACCCACCACACCCAAGGCCCACACUGUGAGUCCUGCCUGCCUGGAUACUACGGAGACCCCAGGGACAACGGCACCUGUUUCAGUCAGUGUCAAGGCCGCUCUGUUCUGCUGUCCUCCUCUGUACCCCUGUCUCUCUCUUCCUCUCUGGGAUGGCAUGGUGCAGUGGGUGGCCAUGGUGGAGUGGGUGGCCAUGGUGGACUCUCUCAUUGCCUGUGGGUCCUCUCUGUCUCUCAGGAUUUGGCACCAUGCAUGCCAGGGCAGUCAUGCCCACCCGUGGCCCUGACCUGGCACCCAGAUUCACACACACAUUGCACAAACUCCUAUGUUUAUGUAUUUGACGGCUUGCCACGAUUCCUCAGCAAUGGUGUUGUUCACUCCCAUCACAACCUUAUUGGAGCAUUCUGCGGCACAACAAGAAUGGAGCCAAUCACUGUUGAGGCGACAUCAGGGGUGGUGUCUGUGUAUUUUGAGGCAAACGUCACCUCGGGACGUGCUCAGGGUUUUAACGCCUCAUUCUGGGUGAAGCGAUGUGGAAAUGGUAGCACUGAUGAGGGAACAGUCAUCUCAGCCGAGUGCCAGGCAGGAGCUCAGUGUAUAAACGGCCUCUGUGAGUGUCCCCAUGGUUUAGGUGGUCCACAGUGUGACCGUCCAGUCUGCCCUGGGAGUUGUGGGGCAGAGGAAGGACGAGGCACCUGCAACAUGAACCUUGGCCUGUGCGUGUGCACUGAAGGCUGGGCUGGAUCAGACUGUUCUUCCAUUUCAGACACGGACAGCCUCGUUUGGGAAACGCUGCUUGACACUCAACUCUCUGUGAAUAAGGCACACAGGUUCCUCCGGAGGAUGGGUCACUCCCUUAUGUCCAGCCCACAGGGCACACUUUGGAUGUAUGGAGGGCUCUCACUCUCAGAGGGCAUUUUGGGAAAUGUUUACAGGUAUUCUGUGGCUGAUCGUCGCUGGACUGAAGUGUUGACCAGUUCAGUGGAGGAAAGUUCAAUGCCUCUGCCCCGAUACCACCAUGCAUCUGCUUUGGUUUAUUAUCAAUUCCCGAUUUCUGGCUCUCACUCAGCCACUCGCAAUUUGAUGUUUGUGGUUGGUGGGGUCACAAAGGAGGGUGUUGCGAAUGACACUUGGUGUUUGAACCUCGACAGUCAGGAGUGGAAGCAGUAUAAGAGCUCAGUGCUGCCCCCUGUAGCCGGACACACUCUGACUGUUCGAAAAGGAUCAUCUGUGCUGCUGAUUGGAGGUUAUUCUCCAGAGAAUGGCUUUAACCAUCAUUUGCUGGAGUUCAGCCCACAAUCUGGAAAUUGGACUAUAGCCUUGCACACUGGCACACCCCCUACAGGUCUUUAUGGCCACUCAGCUGUGUAUCAUGAACAAACUGAUGCUGUGUACGUUUUUGGUGGUUACCGUUUCCAUGUUGAAGCUGUAGAACCUUCUGGAGAACUUUACAGUCUUUAUUACCCCAAUCUUACUUGGUCCUUACUGGUGCCUUCACAAGGAAACAAGCCUCUCUCUCGUUUCUUUCAUGCAGCAGCUUUAGUGAAGGACACAAUGGUAAUUGUAGGAGGCAGGACAGGAGAAGAGGAUUACAGCAAUACAGUUUCUCUCUAUCAGAUCAACUGUAACACAUGGAUACAGCCAGUGUCCUCGGUGGGAGAACCUGUAAACAGCUCUGUUUCUUUGGCCAUGACUGUUUGGGGUGAUCGUCUGUUCCUGUCUGGAGGUUUCAAUGGCGUGACACUUGGGCGGUUUUUGACCCUUUCUUUGCCCAGUGACCCCUGCAUACUGCUGCCCACCCCUGAGGCCUGUAACAGCAGCACCGGCAGCUGUGUUUGGUGCAGAGGCACCUGUGCUUCAUCAGACGCCGCAGAAAGAUUGGGUUGUACUCUUGGUCUGUCUACCUGUUCUCCUACUCCUCGUUCACCUGAUCAGUGCCGCAGACUCAAAACCUGCAGCGAGUGUUUGGCCCGUCAUCCUAAAACAUUUUCCAGCCCUGUGCAGUCUGCUCUGCAAUGUAAGUGGUGCACAAACUGUCCUGAGGGAGCAUGUAUCAGCAGUUCCGUAAGCUGUACAUCAGAGCAUGACUGCAGGAUAAACCAGAGAGAGAUCUUCCUGUCCAGCAACUGCACAGAGACCAGCUGUGAGGCGUCCGACUGCCCCAAAUGCACAGCUUCCGGGAAAUGCAUGUGGACACGCCAGUUCAAACGCACAGGUGAGACCAGACGCAUCCUGAGUGUGAACCCAACAUACGACUGGACGUGUUUCAGCUACGCGUUGCUUAAUGUGUCUCCUAUGCAAGUGGAGUCCUCUCCACCAAUGCCUUGCCCAGAACCCUGUCAUGAAAUCAAAACCUGCAGUCAGUGUUUAAGCUCCCGUGGCUCUGAUGGAGGCUGGCAGCGUUGUGUAUGGAGCAUGGCAUUGCAGCAGUGCAUGAGUCCCUCAUUUGUUCCAUUGCGCUGUGAGGCGGGUCAGUGUGGCCGUUUGCUCUCGGAUGAAGAUUCCUGCUCUCCUCAGUGCUUUCAGCUCACUCAGUGCUCACAGUGCAUUUCCAGGCCACAGUGUGGCUGGUGUGCUGGCCGUGGUGGUAAUGGUUCAGGCCGCUGUCUGCAGGGAGGACUCAAUGGUGUGAGUGAGGCUUUGUGCCCCCAGUGGAACAGCAGCUGGUCUUUCCUGCACUGCCCAGAAGAGGACGAGUGUUCCAAUGGACACCACCACUGCAAUGUCACUCAAGACUGUCAUGAUCUGCCUGAAGGUUACCACUGCACUUGCAGACAGGGCUACGUGCUCAGCAGUGUUUCGGGUCAGUGUGAGCCAGUCUGCGCUCAGGGCUGUGUUAAUGGGACCUGUAUAUCUCCAGGAAUCUGUCAGUGCCACUUUGGGUUUGUUGGGGAGAACUGCUCCUCUCAGUGUCGAUGUAACAAACACAGUAACUGUAAAAGCAUCUCUCAGCUGGACACCUGUCUAGAGUGCAAGAAUAACACUAAGGGUCAACACUGUGAUAAGUGUAAGCCAUUGUUUGUGGGCUCAGCAAUGGGAGGUGGGAUGUGUCGCCCCUGUCGUGAGUUUUGCAGAGGAAACAGUGACAUAUGUCUAUCCAAGGAUGAGCAUAACAAGGCAAUGGAGAAUCCUAAAGAUUACCCAUUAGACCGUGAGAGUAUUGAACAAUGGGCAACAGAGGGCCCUACUGAAGACCAUGCUGUGUGUGUGAGCUGUCAGAACAACAGCGUGGGAGAUAAGUGUGAGAGCUGCCUCAGCGGCUACUUCCUGCUGCAAGGGAAGUGUGAGAAAUGUCAGUGCAACGGGCAUGCAGACACCUGUAAUGAACAUGAUGGCACUGGCUGUCCCUGCCAAAACAACACUGAAACCUCAUCCUGUCUGAGCAGCCCACAGAAUGACCGAAAGGAGUGUUACAGACAACAGUGCGCCAAGUGCAAAGAGUCAUUCAAUGGAAAUCCAGUGAAUGGGAGACAGUGCUACCGGCAGUUCAACGUGGACAGCGAGUGCUGCUUCGACCCCACAUCACAGGUCAACUGCUUCCAUGAGCCCAACAUCCGCAAUCUGCUGAGGGGCCGCACAGUGUUCUUUUCAGCUCAGCCCAAGUUUACUAACGUGGAUAUUCGCGUCACCAUUGAUGUUACAUUUGGGGAAGUUGAGGUCUACGUCUCCAACUCGCAUGAUACCUUCAUUGUGCAGGUAGACCGCCAAAGCGGUGUGCAUACCAUCAAGAUUGAGGAUGAAGCCACCUCCGCCACAGCUUCCCGAGGUGAAAAGGAGGUACCUCUCGCCCCGCCGUCGCCCAUGAAGGUGUUUGCUAACUCCUCUUCUGCCUUACUUGGCACACUGUCCGCAAAGUUGCAAGGUUCAGAGCGUGAGGUGCGGGAAGAACGAGCCGAAGGUCUCAUAACCUACAUCACUGUGUGGAAGCCGCAAACAGUGCUGAUCGUACGCGGAGUGCGGGACAGAGUGGUCAUCACCUUCCCUCACGAAGUGCACUCGCUCAAGUCCAGCCGUUUCUUUAUUGCCCUGCGCGGAGUAGGCACAGAAACUCAUAAUGGAGAAUCUCAAGGCCUCCUCUUUCUACGACAGGACCAAGCCCACAUUGACCUCUUCGUCUUUUUCUCUGUCUUCUUCUCCUGCUUUUUCCUCUUCCUGUCGGUCUGCGUGUUACUCUGGAAAGUAAAGCAGUUCUUGGAUUUCCGUCGCGAGCAGCGGCGCCACAUUCAAGAAAUGACCAAGAUGGCCUCUCGUCCAUUUGCAAAACUUACUGUCUACCUGGAGCCAGAGGAGCCACAGUUAGUUUACUUGCCCUCAGCUGGAGGGGGCAGCGCAGUGUCUCUGGCCCACGUCCGAACAGGCAAGCUUGGUGGGAUGGUAAUGGGCCAGAGGGGGCGACCUGGGGCUCUGUCCUACAAACACGACCCUGGCACAGGCACUGCCACUCAUCAUCACCACCAUCUGGCUCUGAGUGGAGGCAACAACGGGCAGCACCUGCCUCUGCACUACCUAAACGCUCACCACUACGCACCCAGCUCCACCGCCAACCCAACCUCACAUCACCAACACCAUUAUCCGUCCUCGCAUGGCAGCUACCAGCAUUUCUGCCGCUCCGACCCUUUCCUAUCUCAACUCAUGGGUUUCUCAUACUCAUCCUUCAAAGUUGGGCCAAUCACUCUGGAACCCACAGACGACGGGAUGGCAGGGGUAGCCACAGUGCUCAUACAGCUACCAGGAGGCAUCCUUGCACCAAAUCGGGCCUGUUUAGGUUCUGCACUUGUUACUUUGCGGCAGAAUUUGCAGGAGUACUGUGGACACGGUGGAGCAGGAACGCAUCCUGGUGCCGGCGGUGGCCGAAAAGGCUUGCUGGGCCACCAACAUCUUACAACCAUGGCCAUGUAAUAAGAUGGGAAUUGAGUGGGAGAAAUAGACUGAAAAGGAAAAAACUAUCAAGGGAGAUUUUCAGAGUUAAGAACAGAAAGGGCAAAGGAAGUUGUGAAGCUUUUAAAGGGAUAGACCACCCAAAAAGUUAAAAAUGUUUUCAUCAUUUACACAUUUACAAUUUUUUUUCAAUGCAGAUAAGUUCAAUGAGGUCCAAAAUCAAACACCAAUGGAUCCCACUGACAUCAGCUGUUUAAGCAAAAAAGCACUGAGACAUUUUAAGAAGUAUCUUAAACUACAAGAGGGUGCGUAAACGAUGACACCAUUUUAAAGGUAUAGUUUACCCACAAAAUAUGAAAAUUCUGUAAUUAUUUAUUUAUCUUUUACUAGCAUUCACUAUUUGUCAACACAACAAAAGAAAUGAUGAGAAAGGUCGAAAACCAGUGGCCAUUGACUUCCACAGUUUUUUUUCUUACUAUGGAUGUCAAUGGGAAUUGAAUAAGCUAAAUUGUCCAUAGUGUAUGUGUGUGAAUGCAAGAGUGUAUGGGUGUUUCCCAGUACUGGGUUGCUGCAUAAAAAAAGUCCUGGAUAAGUUAGCGGUUCAUUCUGCUGUGGCGAUCCCUGAUUAAUAAAGGCACUAAGCCAAAAAGAAAAUGAAUAAAUGGAUGUCAAUGGCUACUGGUUUGCAGUACUCUUAAAAGAAAUCUUCUUACAAGUUCAACAACAACAAAAAAAGAAAUUAUUAAAUGUUUUCCACCAUAUGAGGGGUUGUAAAUGCUGAGUAAAAUUGGAUGUUUGGGUGAGCUACUCCUUUAAGGGUGAAAAUCCUUUUAUUUUUGUUUGUUACUAAAGGGAUGUAUUUAUUUUACAGAAGAGGAAAAAGAAGAAUCAUAGGAAUUGUGAUAUGUACAUAUACUGUAAUUAAGUAUUAGAUGUUGUUUACUUGUUUAUCACUCCUAAAAAGCUCCAUAUUGACUUAAGGCAGCAACCUUUAUGCAAUGCACUACUUGUAUAUCCAUGCUUUGUUGCUGCGUUCUUUGUCUUACAUACACUACUGAAACCAGCUGGACAAGACGACGAUAACUACAGCAUGACAUAUCACCUGAAACGUCAAAACGUCGACUUUGCAGCUGAACCAAUGUGCUUUAUAUCCUCAUGUGACAAUCUGAACUGCCAUCCAAACCAAGAGACGGUGCAACGUGUCCGCUUGAAUGUGCAAAACUUUGAUUGUCUGCAAAAAAGAAAUGGGGACAGAUGAUGUUAAAAAAAAUAGUUGUAAUGCUUUUGUUACUGGUAUUUUGUCAUGGCUGUGAUUAGUUGAAGCUUCCUGUAAUAUAACAGAUUGAAUCUAGUCAAUAGGUCUUGUUCAUGUUGAGCCAUUGGCUUAUUUUUAUACAUAUUCAUUCAGACUGAAGAUGCAUUUCAGACUAUCGAUUUGAUGGUUUACGGUUACACGUCCUUUGUUUGCAUUGAUGACAUGCCUUUACUCACUUUGCCUUGAACCGGACGUUGUUACAACCUUGUGACUGAAUCCUCACUCUUUUUGUAUUCGAUUUAGGAUUGGAGUUCUAUGAGUUCAGGCUGUUAUCUUAAGUAAUGCAGGUGUGUGUGUGUGUGUGUGUUAAUGUGAAGGAAUAAGCUGAUUAACAAGGGCCCAGAAAACAUCCAUGUUAUUCACAUUGUGUAGGGAAUGAAGGAUAACUUUUUUUCUUUGCUUUAUUUCUGUUCCCUCCUUACACUGAUUUAGUUUAACCAAAAGGUAAAAAGGAUUUAUAAAUAAUGUGUUCAAUAUUUAACUAGUGAUCGAUGAAAUUCAGUUUCCUAUUUUAUUUCACCGAAGGGUCAUGUUCAGCCAGAUUCAUAGAAGAUCUGUUGAACAAAGUGCAAUGCAAAUUUUAAACGUAUAGAAACGCUAUAGUAUGCUCCUGGUGAGACACUAUAAGGUGAUGAAAUGAAGAGAGGAAAUCACUGAAAACACUACAGUUAGCCUUCUAUCUGUAUGAUGUUUUAUGGAGUUUGUUACAGUAUUGCCAUUAAUAUGGAGUUUCCGUUUUACUUGUUUUUUCUGAAGAUGGACUGUUAUUUUCUGAGCAUAAUUUGACGUAUUUAUGUAGGCUGAUGUAGAAAUCUACAUUUCUCUUAUUUUUUGACAAUUAAAGUUCUCAUGAAUUAUAAAAUAUUACGAAAAAUGUUCAUUUGACAUUGAUUAUUUAAUGUAAAUAACAUAACAGGAGAAGCCAUAUGUUUAUCUCGGGUGACACUCCAGAGGGAAAAAAAGCUAUUGCAAACUGAUGGUUGGUUACUUUGUUGCAUUAAAUCAAGAACAAGGGAUUGUGAUGUAAAUUAAGCGAAAGACCAAAAUGGAUUUGAGUUUGACUAUGGUGAAAAAGCUUUGUUCUGUUCAGACAUUUUCAAAUGCUUUUACAGUCUUUUUUUCUGUGAUUGACGCACAUGCCUUUGAUGCUUAACAGAAGUUUGUCCAUAAUAAAAUAUCAUCCAUUAAUGGUUA